AUUUUUGUUUUAUCAUAUUUCAGUCUGACUUCAAAAUUCUCAAGUUUGAAUCGAGGAAUUUCAAAUUGGGUUCAGAUGCCACGAUAACUGUUUACUACAAGGCAAGCGAAAAGCCAGUUAUCCAAUGGGAAGCUCAAGGCAGAACAAUGACAUUGUAUCCUAGGGUCAUUACACCAGGAUAUCCGGACUUCACCGUGGUAGAUGAGUUUGUUACCACGGCAACAAGCAAAAGCAUUCUGAAGGUUUCUAAUGUGACAAGCCUUCAACAACUUGCAGAAUCCUAUGUUGUGACUUUCUUUUUGGACGUAGGAAAAGUUAAGUUGACAAUUCAUCUACAAGUCCCUGAUGCCUCCGACAUACUUGAUUACUUUUAUAGCUAUGACAGUGAAGCAACUGUCAUUGAAGAUGUAACUCAACAAAUCUCUGGAAUCGAGCAACUGAGCAUGAUGCCUGAUACAAUAACAAUGAAAGAAGAAAAUCCAUUCCAACUUGAAUGCAAAACUGAAUUUGCAAAUUCGCCUGAAGAAUCUGGCAUAGAACUAUGGUGGGAAAUGCUGGACACAACCGCACCAGAUUCCAAAAAGAAAUCACUGGAGAAUUUCAACAAUUGGGUUAGAUCACCCAAAACAAAAGAUGGCAUGGCAUUUGCAGCUACAUUUAAAAACUUAACUUCUGGAAAAUGGAUGUUAAGCUCCACAGCUAACAUUACACCUAAACCAAGCACUCUACGUCACAACGCUAUCUAUUAUUGUGAACUGAGGACGGUUGGUAGUUAUUACGCACUACUGGUCCAAACAGGGGUACCAGUAGCUGAUGACAAAUCAAGGUCUCUAUUCAAUGGAAAUGAGCCGUUCAUGUUCAACAUUGACUCUGAUAUUGGUUGGGAAGAAGAGAAGGAAAGUACUCCCCCUGAGAAGUAUAUAAAAACUUUGGAUAUUGGUGAAACCGUUGGCUUAUCAAUUGAGGUAUAUAGUGGCCCACUAGCUGAAGUGUCUCUUUACAGACCAGAUGGUGUAAGACUCACCCAGGGUGAUAAUGUUGGAGUAUUGGAGGUUGGGAAUUCUGGUACAUUUGGACAUUACAUGAGGAAAACAUUUACACUGAGAAACCUUGGUCUUUCUGGAGCAGGAGAAUACACAGUGGAGGUGUCUGUGCCUGAAUAUGGAAUUUUGGCCACUAGAAAGACAGUCAAGGUUGUAGUUGGCCCCUCAAUAUGUGUUCGGGCUACUAGUGGUCAAGCAAGGGUUAACCCAGGAGAGCAGGCAAAGUACACAUGUGAAGUGAUAGGCUACCCACUUGCUGGUGGCGAAUUUGAGACUACUUAUACUGACAAGUUUCAAUACAGAUCUGAUCAAUCAAGGCUAGGAGAAGGCUACAAUGUCAACAUCACUAGAACUAACAAUCUCAUACGUGCUGAUGUUGUCAUCAGUAGUGAUGUCAUGGAAACAAUUGACAACAGACAACACUAUUGUCACUUUAAAAAUUUCAUUACGAGAACAGAGAAUAGAGUGCGUGUUAAAAAGCAAGAUGGCGGAUGGUGGAGCAUGGAAGACGUGCAACUCACAGGGUUCGUCCCCGAAUGGAGGGCAGAGUGCGAUAAAAUGUUUGACUCUCUGUCGUAAGAUCACAAACUUUUAUCGCAGGAUCGUGAUGUGGUGAAGCAAUAGUCUCAUUUUUAAUGUAGUUUCUGUAUAAAUAAAACUUCAGAUCAAAACAAAAUCAUCUUAAAUUGCAAAAGGAUUUACUUGGUGCUUUACAAAUAUUUUAUCCUGUCCCCUUGAGUAAAGUCAGAUCGUCUGAUGAAACAAGCUUUUUUAAAGUUGUUGAAUUGACCGAGCAGUCUAGAGCACUGUACGCUAGGCACUUUCUUAAUUACAUCCUUUAUUUAAGAAAGUAAGAGAAAAAUAGAAUAUGCAUUUAUGCUACAUUCUAAAUCAGUAUUC